GUCGACUCGAGUUCAGUGCAAAGCACCAUCCUCUCGAGCGACUUUCUCCGUUUGAGACUUCUGUUUUCCUUCUUUGUUUCCUCUCUUUCUGUCUCCAAAGAGACAAGUGGUCCCGUGAAAGAAAAGAGAGAAACCGUUACCGAGAGGAUUUAUCUUUUGACUAUUCUCUUAAAUAGAAGCGAAAGAGAGGAAGAGGAAGAGUUAAAAUAAAACAAGAAAGGGAAAAAAGAAAAGGAAAGAAAGAGAAAAAAGAGAAAGGGAGCGAGAGAGAAAGAAGCGGAAGAAAAUAGGAACUUUAUAAAAGCGAAGAGAGCGAGUGUGUGCAAGUAGUGCGCACGUAUCGCUUUGCGAUCGCCGUAAAGGAGGAUGGCUUACAGCUGGGACAAUCGCGUUAGUUUUAUUGUGAGAUUUCUGUAUGAUAUCGAUAAUAAUGGUAUACUUGAAAAACACGAUUUUGAAUGUAUGGCAUUAAAGAUGACGCUGAUCGAAGGAAAAGGAGAAUUCAAUUAUAAUAGAUAUCAAGAAAAUCUUCAUAUAAUGCUCUCUCUAUGGGAAGAGAUUGCAGAAUUAGCAGAUUUUAAUAAGGACGAUAUAGUGACAAUCGAGGAAUUCAAGGAAGCCGUACAAAGAAGUUGCGUCGGUAAAGAUUAUAGAGAUUUUCCACAAGCAAUGAAAAUGUUUAUAGAUAGUCAUUUCAAGAUAGUUGAUUUAAAUGACGAUGGUGUCAUUGCUGCUGAUGAAUUUCGGUACAAUUGUGUUACUAGAAUAGCUGUGGAUAACGUAAAUAUUCUCGACGAAGCUUAUCAAAAUCUUCUCAACGACGAUGAUAGAAGACGCGGCGGUUUAACUUUAUCACGAUAUCAAGAGUUAUAUGCACAAUUCUUGGGCAAUCCCGACGACAACUGUCCAGCGGUGCAUCUAUUUGGUCCUUUACACGAAUUAUGUUAACAAA